UAGCACAGCAAGCAUCAUGUCUGGACGUGGUAAAGGCGGUAAAGUCAAGGGAAAGAGCAAGACUCGCUCAUCCCGCGCUGGACUCCAGUUCCCCGUCGGACGUAUCCACCGUCUGUUGAGAAAGGGCAACUACGCCGAGCGAGUGGGAGCCGGAGCUCCUGUCUAUCUGGCUGCCGUGCUCGAAUACCUGGCUGCCGAAGUUCUCGAGUUGGCAGGAAACGCCGCCCGUGACAACAAGAAAUCCAGAAUUAUUCCUCGACAUCUUCAGCUGGCCGUCCGAAACGAUGAGGAAUUGAACAGGCUCCUGUCCGGCGUCACCAUCGCCCAGGGAGGUGUCUUGCCCAACAUCCAGGCUGUCCUCCUGCCCAAGAAGACCCAGAAGGCCGGCAAAUAAGCGCCCAGAACACCGACAGUCUGUCAG